GCGGCCAUGGGCACGCGCGGGCUGGAGGCGGCCGUGGUGGAGCCGGAGCCGGAGCCGGGACAGGCCCGCGAAGGCACUACAGAGAGAGGGCCUGCCGAGGGCCAGCCUGUGGUGAUCCUCCUAGGCUGGGCCGGCUGCCAGGACAAAUACCUGGCCAAAUACAGCGCAAUCUACAGCCAGAAGGGGUGCACGGUCAUCCGUUACACAGCUCCAUGGAGGAUGAUAUUCUUCUCUGAGACCUUUGGCAUCAGAUCCCUGCAGACCCCAGCCAGGCGACUCCUGGAGCUGCUGUUUGACUACAGAGUUGAAAGCAGACCAGUUCUUUUCCAUGUUUUCAGCAAUGGUGGUGCCAUGCUGUACCGUUACAUCAUCGAGGCGCUCCACACCCACAAGCCGUUUCAGAACCUCAGAGUAGCUGGCACCAUUUUCGACAGCGCCCCUGGCAGAAGAAACUUGCGAGGAGGCCUUCGUGCCCUGGCAACUGUCUUGGUCUCCAUGAAUGUGCUGCUCAAGUAUUUCCUGCUGUUCACUUUUGCCAGCAUGGCCGUUGUGCUGCGGAUCCUGCUGUACCCCCUGACCCGCUUCAUCCACGAGAGCCAUUACGAUGCCCUGCUGAAAGCGCCCUCGCGCUGGCCCGAGCUCUACCUCUAUUCCCAGGCUGAUCUCAUCAUCAAGGCCAGCGAGGUUCAGCUCAUGGCCAAUGCCCGGCAGCAGCUCGGUGUUCCUGUGAAAGCUGUGGACUUCUCAGAUUCGCCUCAUGUCAGCCACAUGCGGGUGUACCCCACCUAUUACCACAGCCUCUGCACGACUUUCCUGUCUGACUGUGUGGGGGGCUCACCUCCUUAGUGCUCUAAUGACCUUCAGUGUUUGCCUCUUCUUGCUCAGCUCCUAUGGGAAAUGUCACCCCCUUUCCUUUUUCGUCUUUGAAACCAGGAAAGUAGUUUUUUCCCCUACCAUCUACGAGUCUGAAAGCCUCCAGCCUGGCCUUUGGACCAGCCACGUUAGAGCAGAAAGUAGAUAUGGAUUAAUUUAAAGUCCUUAAUCUGAAAUCCUGUCAUGGUUCAUGUUGAUGUACUUUACCAAGGUGUCACAGACCAGAAUCUCACACUGAGUAUUAUUUGUUUCUUCCUGUCUCUUGUUCUCUGCUUUUCUUGUUGUCCCCGAUAUCCAAUGUGCAUGUUCUGUUGCUUGUACUAAUUUUACAAUACACCUCUUCCAUGUCUUUGUUGUUUGGUUUUUUUCCACUCUCUGCCAUUUGUUUUAUCUUGUAGUGAGCAAAGAGUCAAGUCUGCAGGACUUUUUGCUUUUCUCAGUGCAUCUCACUUGUACUCUCCUUGAUGGAGAUCAGGCCCUGAAACCAAGUGUAAGAGCAGGAAAAGGUGUGUGCAGGGCAGUAUGACCAGACUAUCAUGUGGUUCCAUUAAAUAGCUGAGAUAAAACAGUCAAAGCUCUAUGAUCCUUAGGGGGAGCUUAAAUAUUUGUGAUGACUUUUGCUUCUUCAACCCAGAGGUUUAAGCUAACAUUUUUGAAUGUGUCUAGUGUUUUGUUUCUCUUCCUUCCAGUCUUUUGUGUGUUCUACUGAGUAAUUUUGCUUUCUUGGAGAGCUACUUACUUGUUAUUGUAUGUCUUUGAGCAGCCUGUAUUUUGCAUCUGGAUAUUCAGGGAAACUUUUGGAUUACAGCUGUGCCAGACCCCUGAAACAAAAAGGUGGAAUUGCAGAAGAAAAUGGAACUGUCUCUUGGAACUAUGCUUUAUACUCAGUAUUUUUUAAAUCACCUCCAGCCUACAAAUGACCAUGAAAUACGAUGUUUUUGUCCAUAA